UCUGCUGAGUUCUGCUGCUUCAAUGGUUGCUCACGAUGAUGAGUACGGUUAUUGGAUGAGGCAACACCCCUCAGCGCUCGCAAGCUUUGAGGAGAUAAUGGAGUUAUCGAAAGGGAAACAGAUUGCGUUGUUCUUGGAUUACGAUGGGACUCUGUCGCCAAUAGUUCAGGAUCCAGACCGAGCCUUCAUGUCUGACUCGAUGAGGGCUGCAGUGAAGGAUGUAGCAAGGUUCUUUCCUACCGCCAUUGUGAGCGGGAGGUGUAGAGACAAGGUGUAUAAUUUUGUGAAGUUGGGAGAGUUGUUCUACGCUGGAAGUCACGGGAUGGACAUUAAAGGGCCAAACAAAGUCUCUAAACAUACAAAGGCUCAGGCUAGACCAGUUCUAUUUCAGCCAGCCAGUGAGUUCUUACCAAUGAUACAUGAGGUGUACAAUAAACUAGUAGAGAAAACCAAAUCGACUCCUGGAGCCAGAGUUGAGAACAAUAAAUUUUGCCUAUCAGUUCACUUUCGCUGUGUCGAUGAAAGGAGAUGGAGCCCGUUGGCUGAUCAAGUUAAAACAGUGUUGAAGGAGUACCCUAAGCUCCACCUAACUCAAGGAAGAAAGGUUUUGGAGAUUCGUCCAAGCAUUAAGUGGAACAAGGGGAAGGCUCUUGAGUUCUUGUUGGAGUCUCUUGGUUUCGCGGAUUGUAACGAUGUUUUUCCGAUUUAUAUUGGAGAUGAUAGAACUGAUGAGGACGCUUUCAAGGUUUUGCGUGAAAGAGGGCAAGGGCUUGGAAUCCUAGUUAGCAAAUCUCCGAAGGAAACAAGAGCUUCAUACUCUCUUCAAGAGCCUACUGAGGUUAUGAACUUUUUGCAUUGCCUGGUGAACUUGAAGCGUGGCUCAAUAAAAGGUCGUUCAAAGGCGUAAAUAAUAUAGAACUCACCAACCUGCAGGUUGUGGAUAUAAAAGGGGUGGGGUUAAAAUUAUGAAGAGGACUAACACUCGUGAGAGCUAGUUCUACUAUCGAUCCAAUGUAACCUUCUGCUUUUAUUUGUUGUUUUCUCCUUUUUGUUUACCCUUUUUGGUCUUCUUUGGGGCUUGAAAGCUUUUAUUAUUUCUCUCUUGCCCCCAUGGAGAAGCUUAUGUUGUGUAAUUUUGUGUAAUGAAAGGUAUAUAAUUUUCUUUUUCUACAA